AUGAUGAACUUAUCUCGGAGUCACAGGCUUUUCUUGACGGUUGUGGAGAAGGAAUCUAUAAGGAGUACGAUACAAUCUUUGAGGUUUGCGAGCGGCUGGACCGGUCAAGAGCCAAUUCAACAAGAUGAUCCCGAGGUUUGGCAAUUGGUGCAGGAGGAGAAGCAGCGACAGCGAAACGGGUUGGAAUUGAUUGCAUCAGAGAAUUUUUGUAGCCGGGCAAGUUUAGAAGUACUGGGGUCAUGCCUCAAUAACAAAUACUCAGAAGGGUACCCAGGACAAAGAUACUAUGGAGGUACGGAAGUAAUUGAUAAAAUAGAAAAUCUUUGCAAGAAGAGAGCUCUGGAUGCAUUCAAUCUUGAUUCAGAAAAGUGGGGUGUCAAUGUUCAGCCCUAUUCAGGAUCUCCCGCCAAUUUUGCUACAUACACAGGUCUCAUGCAACCACACGACCGAAUCAUGGGUUUGGACCUUCCCCAUGGAGGACACCUCACUCAUGGUUUUAUGACUGAUACCAAACGAGUAUCAGCUACAUCGGUGUAUUUUGAAUCAAUGCCUUACCGUCUGAACACAGAAACAGGCUUGAUAGAUUAUGAAAAGUUGAGGGAGACUGCCGUUUUAUUCCGGCCCAAAGUUAUCAUUGCUGGAACUUCAGCUUAUUCUAGACUUUUGGAUUAUAAAGCCUUUAGAGAGAUUUGUGAUGAAGUGAAAGCAAUCUUAUUGGCAGAUAUGGCUCACAUUUCUGGUUUGGUAGCAGCAGGAGUGAUCCCCAGUCCAUUUGAGUAUGCUGACGUAGUGACCACCACCACACACAAGACUCUUAGAGGAGCAAGGUCGGGUAUGAUAUUCUAUCGCAAGGGAAUUAAGGGAAGUGACUCUAAGACGAAGCAGCCCAUUUACUAUGACUAUCAGAGCCGCAUUGAUGCUGCGGUGUUCCCCUCCCUACAAGGAGGUCCUCACAACCAUGCCAUUGGUGCUGUAGCAGUGGCUUUGAAGCAAGCAAUGUCUCCCGAGUUCAAAUUAUACCAGCAGCAAGUACUGAAGAAUGCCAAGGCCAUGGCCCAGGCUCUUCUGAAGAAGGGCUACUCAUUAGUUUCGGGUGGCACAGAUAAUCACCUUGUUCUAGUUGAUUUACGAUCCAAAAACCUGGAUGGUGCUCGAGUUGAGGCUGUUUGUAAUUUAACUCACAUCACUGCAAAUAAGAACAGUUGCCCUGGUGACAAGUCUGCUAUGUACCCAAGUGGCCUAAGACUAGGUGCCCCAGCUUUAACUUCAAGAAACUUUACUGAGAAAGACUUUGAGAAAGUUGUGGAUCUUUUGGAUGUGGCUGUCAACAUUGCCGCUGAGGCAAAGAGCAAGUCAGGCAAAACGCUGAAAGAAUACAAUUUGUUCCUCUCAUCAGACGAAGGUAUUCAAGCAAAGAUGGCUUCACUCAAAGCAGAAGUGGAAUCCUUUGCUUCAUCAUUUCCUAUGCCUGGAUUCGACGACCACUAGCCUCAAAACUCUAUAAUUGUAAAAUUUAACGAAUUAUUUUUGACAAAA